CUUCUUCACAGACGAAGGAGUGACCGGGCGGAGCGGUUGCAGAUAGCUUAGCACGGUUAGCAUCUGCAGUUUCUGAUGCUUUUUCUCUCAAAUCUGCGCUCAUUUUUAACAUUUAGCAAUCCUGACAAGGGGACACAACCGUAACCUCGCAUUCAUCGGUAACUGUGACUGAAAACGGCCUUUAACAUGGCAGAAAAUACCGAACAAAAUGAGACCAAAAAUGAUGGCUCUUCUCCUGGAAUGACUGACCAAGAAAAAGAAAUGGCCACGAGUGCCUAUGAAGCCUUUACGGCUGGGAAAUACGAGGACUCUCUGAAGCAGCUGGACUCACUCCAGGAGCUGAACAAAGAGGAUUAUAAGAUUCCCAUGAACCGCGCCGUGGUCGAGUUUUACAAGAGCGGCCAGACCACCACAGGGGCCCUCAAACAGACUCUACUGCGGCUCAAGAACCAGGUGCACUCGUCUGCAGAGGACGUGGAUGGGCUGGACGAUGUGGAGAACUGUAUGCUGUAUUAUAAUCAGGCCAUUGUUCUGUACCACCUGAGGCAGUACUCUGAAGCAAUCGCCAUUGCAGAGAGGCUCUACCAGUUCCUCGAACCCUUUGAGAGGUUUGCGCUGUGCGUGAGCUUCCUCCUCGUGGACUUGUACCUCAUCACGUUUCAGCCGGAGAAGGCUCUGCACCUGCUCACGGUUCUGGACAAACUCAGCGUCCAGGGAGGAAGCAAGAACGGGAAAGAGAACCACAAUUCUAAUAAAGAAGCAGCCAGUCAGAAGGCAGAGUUUGCAGCGAUGAUGGAAGGAGCCAAGUCUAAAAUGCAUCAAUACAAAGUCCGGGCGUACAUCCAGAUGAAGUCGUCCAAAGCCUGCAAACGUGAAAUCAAGUCUGUCAUGAACACAGCUGGAAAUUCUGCGCCGUCGCUCUUCCUUAAAAGUAACUUUGAAUAUUUACGAGGAAACUACAGAAAAGCAGUGAAACUCCUCAACAGCUCCAACAUCGCAGAGCACCCAGGACCCCUCAAGACGGGUGAAUGUGUGCGCUGCAUGUUCUGGAACAAUCUGGGCUGCAUUCACUUUGCGAUGGGCAAACAUAACCUGGGCAUUUUCUACUUCAAGAAGGCGCUGCAAGAGAACGACCACACGUGUGCCCAGCUCGGAGACGGAGGCAGCGGACCAGCUAAGAAGUUCGCUGGGAUCCCCAUGUGUGCGCUGCUCUCAAACAAACGCUAUGAGCUGCUUUAUAACUGUGGGAUCCAGCUGCUCCACAUCGGGAGGCCUCUGGCUGCAUUUGAGUGUCUGAUGGAGGCCGUUCAGGUGUAUCACUCCAACCCCCGACUCUGGCUACGGCUCGCAGAGUGCUGCAUCUGUGCCAACAAAGGGGGCUCGGAGCAGGAGAGUAAAGGCCUCCCCUGUAAAAAAGGAAUUGUCCAAUCCAUUGCGGGACAGGGCUACCACCGCAAGAUCAUCCUCGCCUCUCAGUCUGCUCAGAGCUCCCCCUACAGUGAGGGUCAGUCUGCUGCCAUCCCUGUGGCCAGUAUGGAAUUUGCAGCCAUCUGCCUCAGAAAUGCCUUACUGUUACUCCCAGAAGAUCAGCAACAGGACGCCAAAACAGAUGCCGGGUCUAAGGGUUCCAGUCAAUCCGGAAGUACAGAGAGUGGCAGUGAGAACAGCGAUGCCUGCAGUGGUAAAGGUCAGGAUGCAGAUAAGUUCCUGUCUGCAGCACCGUCGUCUCCUCUUCGGAAACAGGAAGUGGAAAACCUCAGGUGUUCGAUCUUGGCCUGCAGUGCGUACGUGGCUCUAGCGUUGGGUGAUAAUCUCAUGUCUCUGAAUCACGCUGAGAAACUACUGCACCAGCCAAAAGUCUCGGGGUCCCUGAAGUUCCUGGGUCACUUGUACGCCGCCGAGGCUCUGAUCUCAUUGGACAGAAUCUCUGACGCCAUUUCUCACCUGAACCCUGAGCAUGUGAUUGACGUGUCGAUGGGCGUGUGCACCAGUGACCAAGAGCAAGGCUCAGACAAGGGAGACGAGCCCGGAGAGUCCUCAGGGAAGCAGACUCCUCUGUGUUACCCGAGCUCGGUGGCCUCUGCUCGAGCGAUGGUUCUGUUUAACUUGGGCAGCGCCUACUGCCUCCGGAGCGAGUACGAGAAGGCACGCAAGUGUCUGCACCAGGCAGCGUCGAUGUUGAACACUAAAGAGAUCCCUCCUGAGGCCAUUCUUCUGGGAGUUUACCUCGAGCUUCAGAACGGAAACACUCAGCUUGCUCUACAGAUCAUCAAAAGGAACCAGCUCCUGCCAUCGGCUCUGCUCAGAGUCUCUCCAGAGUCCUGCAAAAAGUCAGCCCAAAACACAACGCUCUCCUCCCCAUUCACCCAGAGGAAAUGACAGGACAAGACCAGGAACUGGACCCUCCUCAACACUUAAACCCCCCCAAGACCCCAACACUUAAACCCCCCCAAGACCCCAGGACCAGGUCUGGACUGGGUCGUGUGGACUAUUAAAUAAAUUUUAUUUCCUCCACUCUCAGUCUCGACUGAUUUUAACUCUGCAGCGAAUGUUUUAGGCAGUUUUCAUUUUCAUUUUUACUACAGCCCUCCUCUGGUGGCUCCUCCCCCUGUGGCCACUUCCCAAAUGGCUCCUCCCCUAUGACUGCUCCUCUCCCUGUGGCCACUUCCCUGGUGGCUCCUCUCCCUAUGACCCCACCCCCUCUGGCUCCUCCCUCUGUGGCUCCUCCUCCUUUGGCCCAGGACAGAUCAGCUGAGUGUCCUGGAUGUGUGAAAUUCCAUUUUGUAUUUCCAUAUACUUUUCAAACAAACUGAAAGCUUGCUGGUUUGAGUCCCGCUCCGACCAGUGCAUACUGUUGUGUCCUUAGGCGAGAUACGUCGCCCACCUCACCUGUGAAUGCACUGGAAAAAAUCAAAUCUUAGCAGUAUUAAAACUUUUCACAUUUUUAUAAGUCUGUGGGGAAAUGAAUGGGAUCCAGAAGUGUCCACGGUAGAUGCCUCACUCCUUGGCUCCCCCCGGUGGUGAUGGAGAGCGUCGCCAGAGCCGUUUCACUACAAUGCUGCUUUAAUCAGUUUAAUCCUCCCUGUAUCAUGUUUUCUGAAUCUGUAAAUGUCCAACAUGAAUAAACUCAAAUAUCUAUGAAAAUGC